ACUUAGACAAUAAUAAAAUUACAGACUAUGAUCAGUAUUCAGUAUGAUCAGACCACCGGAUGAGUAGGUAGGUAGUAUAUUAUGGUCAUUUCACUUGUCCGAGUAGUUCGCCCGUCACAGCUGACCUAUAUUGGUUGUGCUGACGUCAGUUUUCCGUCGCCGCACGUGGCAUCACUGUGCAACUGUUGCUGCCGCCCAGCGUCCGUUUUAUUUCGCGUGUUGGUUGGUAAUCGCCUCGCACACACAUGCGUCGCGUGUUCACUAUACACUUCUCGGCAACGUUACGUUUCCCUGGUUCCCGUGUAGCGUGUUCGGCAGUACGGUCUUCAGUCGUCAUUCGUCAGUCAGCCGUGUUCUGUCGUUAUCGUUUUUCGCGCUCUCUGUGCACUGUUCUUUAUUAUUAUUUUGACAUUUUUGACGUAUCAAAUUUCGGCGCGUUAUCAAUUUUCCGCCCGUUCUCUCGCCGUUGAUACGCGACAAUAUUCCGAAUCGUAGCUGCAGGUGCAGCUUACUAGUACGGUCCACGACGAUAUCGGCAAUAUCAUACUUCGGUCAUAUUACGCCCAAAUAUCGAUUUCCAGUUGGCCGGGAAACCGACAUAAAUUUUAAGCUAAAUUUCCGAAUCAGUUUUUAAAACAAAUAAAAUGGGAGAAAGACGUGGUACUAAAGCAUUAGAACUAUGGUGUAAGCGAGUGACUCAAGGAUAUGAUGGAGUGUCUAUUGAAAAUAUGUCUACUUCGUGGAAAGACGGACUUGCAUUUUGCGCUCUUAUUCAUCAUUUUAGACCUGAUUUGAUUGAUUACAAUAGUUUGGACAAAAAUGAUAUUUACGGUAACAAUGAGUUAGCUUUUCGAGUUGCUGAAAAUCACCUGGGGAUUCCUGCACUUUUAGAUCCAGAAGACAUGGUUUGCGUCGAAAUACCUGAUAGGUUAUCGAUAUUAACUUACCUAUCACAGUUCUAUCAAACUUUCUCAUCACAAGCUACGACGCCUGUUAAAACAUCACCUGAAUCGCCGACCACAGUUGAACGGCCCAGAACUAAUACAGGAUCCGGUCAAAAUGCUCCAACAAAGUUGGGCGCAGGCGUUGGCGGUUGUAGAGUGUGCAACCAGUCCGUGUUCUUAGCCCAACGUCUGCUCAUCUCUGGCCACCUAUUCCACCGGACGUGUUUCAAGUGCGCCCGGUGCUCCGCCCUGCUGAGCGUAGCCAACUACUACGAGACGCAGGACGGCAAGUACUGCUGCGAAACGUGCCCGGACGAAGAGCGGACGGUGUCGCCGACCGUUUCGUUGGCGACGGCUACGACGACGUCUCAGCCGCAGCCGUCGUCGUUGGUUGGUGACCGUCGGGCGCUGUUCGAAACGCUGGCCGCUGCAGAUUGUACAGACGACGUGAAAGCGUCGAAAAAGGCGCAGCGGCCGGUCACACUCAAAAUGGCCGAUCCUUUGACGACCACUACUACUGCCGUCACGUGCAGCGACGAUAACGACAGUGGCGUAGUGGUAGUUAGCGACAAGAAAGAGUCGAGCGACACAAAGACCUCGGUAAGCGUCACAGGAAGUCGCGAAACUCUUUCGGACGUGGUGGCAGAGGUCGCCGACGAGGAUAGUGGAGGAUCAGCGCCGUCGGCCGAGGACCGAGUGACGGACGCUGCUACUGCUGUUGUCGUAUCCGACCCACUGCCCGACGUCAGUCCGCCCGUCGUGUCAUCACCUCUUCCGCCGUUGCUGGACGAUUCGAAUCGACUCGAUGACGAAACCGCAGCCGAUUCACUGAAUCACGUUCAGAUCCCGCCGAUAUCGGAUGAUCUGAAACAAGUCCUCGAACUUCCUCCGGCUACUAAAGCCCCAGCCGAGGAACAGCUAGAAUCCCCGGAGGAUUAUGAAAUAAAAACCCUAUCCAAUAAGUUGCUUAAAAUGGAUUAUUACGAGAGUAAUAAAGAGGUACCGGUUCCUAGUCCUAGAAAAAGAAUUAAAUCUCCGAUAAAAAUAAAUUACCCCGAAAAUUUAAAUCCUUUCGACGACGAAGACGACGAUGAUAACAGAAACAAGAAUGAUAGCACGAACCCGUUCGGGUCCGAUUUAGAAGACGAAGAACUUUCAGUUAAGAACAAUGUUAGUUUGAAUCCGUUUUCGAGUGAUGAAGAUGAUAACGAGCCUGUUUCUCAGCCCCCAUUGCCAAAACCUAGAACGGUUUUGUCUCCUGUUUUGAAACCACGAUACCAAACCCAUCGUAAGCAAAGUAGUGCUUCCAGUAUAUCUUCCUAUUCAAAUACUCCUCGAAAAAAAAAACCAGCUCCGCCACCUCCAGUAUCAAGACUAUCUCUUGGAAACAUUGAAUACUCAAAUAAUAUGCAGAUUUCGUCUCCUAACAGUUUAGAAGACUCCAGUUGUAGUGGAAGUGAACUAUCCUCAACCACUAAUCAGGAAAGAUACAGAUUACACAAGAGCACACAUGGGAAAUGGAAACGAAAGAAAGGACCAGCUCCUCAAUGUCCAAUACCACAGAGGAGACGAAUUAAACCUAUGCCUAUGGAAGAUAUCAAACAAGAGUUGUUGGAUAUUGAAAUAAAACAGCAAGAGCUUGAAAGACAAGGAGUUAAAUUAGAAAAAGAUAUAAGAUUAAAGUGUAAUGAAGAUUUGAACAAUGUUGAUGUGGAAGAAAUGGUGUUACAGUUGUUUGAAUUAGUUAAUGAAAAAAAUGAAUUGUUUAGAAAACAUGCUGAACUUAUGUAUCUACGAAAACAACAUAACUUUGAAGAAGAGCAUGCUGAAUUAGAAUAUCAAAUACGUGUAUUAAUGUCUAAGCCUGACCACACCAAAACAGAUACAGAAAAAGCACGAGAAGAAGAACUUAUCCGAAGAUUGGUUGAAGUUGUUGAAAGGCGUAAUGAAAUUGUUGAAAAUUUAGAAAAAGAUAGACUGCGUGAAGCCGAAGAAGAUCGUAGUGUGUUCAAUCAAAUUGGAACUUUUGCUCAAGAUGAAACCUUGCCAUGUAUCAAGCCAGCAAAUACCACAGUUAUGGAAGGCAAAACAAACUUUUCCAAAAGACUAUUGAAGAAUAUCAAAAAGGUAAAAUCAAAAAAAGAGAAACAGGAAGUUGCGUCGCCGUCCCAAUCGCCCUCAAAUUCCUCACAUAGCAAAGGCACUUUAAAAAAGUUUAUGACUCUAGGCCAUUCGUCUAAGAAAUUGUUGAGACCUAAAUCCAGUUAGAACCAUUAUUGUGUUAAAAUUGUAAAUUGAAGAAUUAUAGUACUAUAUUACUACUAUAAGAAGUUACAAUUGAUUUAAUAAUUAUUAUAUCUUUUAAGAUUGUAAAUUUAACUUUUUUGUGCAUUUGUACUUUUUU